AUGUCUUCCUUUUCGUUCCCAAGUCCGACGAUCACGCAAGAGCAUAUUGAAAAGUUAUACUCCUCGCUUGGAGUAGAUCGCGCCGUGGUCUGUGAACUUGCUUCCGAUCAUGAGACUCCGAAGACCGCCAGAAACGGGUAUGGCGGAGCAUAUCUCAGCUUCUUCGAGACUUGCGGGCUUUCUUUCCCGAUUCCGAGACAGCUGCUAGAGAUUCUCGCCGGUCUUGGGAUUUCUCUUACGCAGCUAUGCCCGAACCUUCUUCGACAUCUCCUAGCGAUCCUCGUGAGGGCCAGAGAGGAGAAGCUUUUGUUUGAGUUGGAAGAGUUACACAGCCUAUAUCUCAUAAAGCGCAACCAGAAGAAUCCUGGGACGUUCUUGGCAUCUCCCCGUCCUGGCCUCCAUGUGAUUGGUGGGACACCCUAUCGGGAUGAUCAGUGGCGAGAUCAAUUCUCUGUUUUCAAGGUCGACUCGUCCACAGUGGGAGAUUUUGAUUUUUCCCUGCUCCCUCGACGCUGGGCCGAAACUAUCGCUCAUCCGAGGGUUUCUCCGGUGUCCGAUCAACUUCGAGGAACGGUGGCUGUCUUGAAGCGCGGGGACACCGAUUGGUCAUUGUUUACCAGGGAACAAAUUCGUACUUUGAACUCGUUUCCCGUCGGUCUAGGUAUAGCUCCCGCGAUCUCGGGGCCGGUCGGGUUGCUCGAGGAGGCCGAGCGUUCUGAUCAUAAGGAGCCUACCUCUCCGGAAGAAAUUAUUGCUCGUCCUAACACGAGUCAUUCUGAGAGAUGCUCGUUUUGGAGAUCACUCAGAACAAGGGCGUCUGUUUCAAGGAAAGCGCCAGUGGAUCCUACCCCGAUAUGUUUGGGCUCCGAUUCGGAGGAGGAUAUGCCAGCUCGCGAGCACGGAUCUGCCAGGACUUCGCGAAGUGCUUCGCCGAGACCGUCGCAACCUGCUUCGCAGAGACCGUCGCAACCUGCUCCCAAGAGGUCGAAAAGACGGAGAGUAGGGAGGAGCGAUCGUUCCCCUUUAUAUGAGACUAGUUCUGGUCCUAAACAUGAUGGGACUAGCUCUCAAGGUUUUGGGACACCGCUUUUCUCUUCCUUGGAAGAGGAAGAUGCUUAUACCAAGGUCGCCGAAGCAAAUGCCAAGGUCAUGGAGGCUUGUAACGACCUGGUUCUGAAGAUGGCGGAGCGCACAGAGACCUCUCAGAGAGAUGCUGUUGGGGUCAAAAACGAUGCGGAGAUUGAUCGGAUCUCCCUUGACUUCAAGAGGAUCUCCGCUGAACUUGAGAUCGCCAAGAGGGAGAACAAGGAGGAGGUCGAGAAGAUCAAUUCCAUGAUGGCAGAGUGGGUGAAAGUUUGUGAUGAGAAGUCGGCUUUAGAAGUCGAGGUCGCUGCUCAACGGACCAAAAUUGCGAGGCUUGAAGCCGAGAGGGACCGAGACAUUCGCUCCGCUCGUCGUGAGAUGUCGCGUCAGUAUGCGAAGAUGCUGAAAUCUCUGGGAGAGAAGUGGUCCAACAAAGAGAGGGAGACGGCGGCUAGAAUUCAGCUUCAAGAGGUGAUUGCCAACAUUGAUCUUCUGAACAAGAUCAAAGAGGGCAGCUGCGACGUUGAUGGGGAGUUGGCUCGCUUGCAAGAUUUGGAGAGAGGCUGUGAAGCAGCCGUUGAGUCCUGUCCCUCCUCGAGUUGGACUAUCUCCGAGCUUGAUCUUCCGCAAGUACCGGAGGAGUUAGACCUUGGGGGGCCGUCAAACGCGGGAGGCGAUGUUGGCCCUUAA